AUGCGUUUCACUUUGACUGCCGUUGCCACUGUUGCAUUGGCUUCUUGGGCAUCUGCUCAACCCAUGGAUCUUUACCCUGCUUCUGUAAGCGCUGUACGUCAAUCGGCCUCAGCUGCAUCAUCAUCAUCCAUGUUCCAUCAAGCCUCAGCAUCCGCUUCAGCCAUGCACGCUAAUGAUAAGCGUGGCAUUGUUGAUUUCUUUGGUAACCUCUUCAAUCCCGAACCUGAAAGUGUAGCACCAGCAAGCUCUUCUGCCGCAGCUGUUCAAUCUUCUGCUGCUCCUUCUUCUAUGUACAAGAUGCCAAAGUCUGCCUCUGUUGCUUCCGUUAGCGUUGCUGCACCAUCAUCUGCAUCCGCUUCUUUUGAAAAGCGUCAAGCACCAUCUUCAGCUGCUGCUUCAUCUGCCGCUGCUUCUUCGGUUGCUGCUGCUGCUUCAUCCUCAGCUCUUUACAAGCGUCAAGAAUCAGCUUCAGCUUCAGCUAGCUCUAUUGCUGCUGCUUCAGGUGCACCAUCCUCUGCUGCUGCUUCAUCUUCAGCUCUUUACAAGCGCCAAGAAUCAGCUUCAGCUUCAGCUGCACCCUCUUCAGCUGCUGCUUCCUCUUCGGCUCUUUACAAGCGUCAAGAAUCGGCUUCAGCUGCUUCUGCUAGCUCUAUGGCUGCCCCAUCAUCGGCUGCUGCUUCCUCUUCGGCUCUUUACAAGCGUCAAGAAUCAGCUUCAGCUGCUUCUGCUAGCUCUAUGGCUGCACCAUCCUCUGCUGCUGCUUCAUCCUCAGCUCUUUACAAGCGUCAAGAAUCGGCUUCAGCUGCUUCUGCUAGCUCUUUGGCUGUACCUUCUUCAGCUGCUGCUUCAUCCUCAGCUCUUUACAAGCGUCAAGAAUCGGCUUCAGCUGCUUCUGCUAGCUCUAUGGCUGCCCCAUCAUCGGCUGCUGCUUCCUCUUCAGCUCUUUACAAGCGUGCAGCAUCUGCUAGCUCUGUUGCUGCACCUGCCUCUUCUUCAGCAGCAGCUUUCAAGGUUCAUGCAUCUGGCAGCUCAAUGGCCCGUGCUUCUGCAUCCGUUGCCCAUAACAACUAUUAA